AAUUUAACUGGUUGGAAUUUACUUUCUACCACGGAGCAAAAUAAUUUUAUCAUUAGAAUUAACACUGAUAUACCGGGUAAUUUUGACAAAAUAAUUGAUGAUGCUAAAAAUGCUAUUGCUGGCAAAAGUGAAAAUUACUUAAAUGCAAUUUACCGGACAGCAGCCCGACGGCGAAUUUCAAAAAAACUGAAUGAGGAAGGCCUUACAUUCACAGAUAUGGAUUUAAAAACUCAUUUUAAAAAGUUUAACGGUAAAGCGGCUAUUGAAGCCGAGAGAGACCGAUUGUUGAAAUUAAUUGAAGAUGCAGAACUGGUUAAAAAAAUAAUUAGGCCUAAUUUACAAGAAAAUAAAAUAGUGAUUAUUGACCGCUACCUCGAUAGUACUUUUGUUUACCAAGGUUUAGAAGGAAACAUAAGCAUUGAUGACAUUCAAAAAAUAGCCCAAAAAACUGUUAGUUUACCGUUGCCAGACCUUACUUUUAUUUUAGAUAUUGAACCCUCAAAAGCCCAACAAAGAUUAAACAAAAGAAGAACCGAAACCGGCGAGAUUCAUAUCAUUGACGCUAGCAAAAACGAAGAUGAAGUGGUCGAAGAAGUUUGCGAAAUAAUUAAGCAAGUGCAUCGACCAGCAGAUAAUUUACCGGAAUUUGCUCGGGUAAUUAUUCAUAAUGAAAAAGGAGAAAUAUUGCUGGUAAAAGAUAAAAAAUGA